GGGGCACAGGAGUCUGAGGAUGGGAUACCUGCGCUAGGACUGAUGCAGUGGUUAUUGAGGACAGAACUUUAAAUUAGCUACCUCCACCUUAUGUGACGUGGCUCUCCCUGGAAGGAAUAAAAAAGCUUAGUGUGCCCAGCUUAUUGUAAAGCCUUGUAGGGUUCCUCCCUCUCUUCUCUCCCUUCUUUCCUUCCUUUUAAUUGAACCCAGGGCCUCUCGCUGAGCUACAUUACAGCUCUGUUAUUUUCUAUUUUGAGGUAAUAUCUCACCGAGUUACCAGAGCUGGAUUCAAACCAGUGGUCUUCCUGCCUCGGCCUCCCAGAGUGCUGGGAUUACUGGCGUGCACCAUACGGGCUCGAACUCCAUUUCUUUAACAGCUGCUCAGGCUUUACUCUUGGGUCAUCUGCCGGCCUCUUUCAUUCCCUGUCUGAUCCUGGAGUGCAUCUGGUAGUCCGAGGAGUCUAUGCAUCGAGAGUCUUUUCACCAGAGUCUUGGAAGCCAGCAUCUACCGCGAGGAGGCCCAGCCUCUGGAGAGUCCCAGGUGGAGAGAGACCAAGGGUUCCAGCCUCCAGCCACGGCUGAGCUCCAAGUGGACAGCCUGCACCAUCUGGCCUGGCAUGUGAGUCUGCCAUCUUGAAGCUGGGUCCACCGUCUUGAAGGCACCUCUGCUGAGCUUUCAAACCAAGUCAUCAGGAGUAGCAUCCUCCCACCUGGCAGGGAAGGAAGGAGUUGGCAAGAAUCUGGCCCCCUGUUGUCCCUGCAGCCCUCUGGUGCCGCGGAGCCAGAGCCCGAGCCUUCCUCCACCAUGACCGACACCGUGGUCAGCGGCAGCUCCAGCCGAUGGACGUACCCCAGCCAGCGUCCACUGCAGUCCAGUGAUAAAGAACAGCUCCAGGCAGGCUGGUCUGUCCACCCCAGUGGCCAGACAGACAGACAGAGGAAGCAGGAGGAGCUGACAGAUGAGGAGAAGGAAAUCAUCAACAGGGUGAUCGCUCGGGCUGAGAAAAUGGAGGAGAUGGAGCAGGAGCGGAUUGGGCGCCUGGUGGAUCGCCUGGAGAACAUGAGGAGGAACGUGGCUGGGGACGGGGUGAACCACUGCAUCCUGUGUGGGGAGCAGCUGGGGAUGCUGGGCUCUGCCUGUGUCGUCUGUGAAGACUGCAAGAAGAAUGUCUGCACCAAGUGUGGGGUGGAGACAUCCAACAACCGCCUGCACCCUGUGUGGCUCUGCAAAAUCUGCAUCGAGCAGAGGGAGGUAUGGAAGCGUUCAGGAGCGUGGUUCUUCAAAGGCUUCCCCAAACAGGUCCUCCCACAGCCCAUGCCUAUAAAGAAGACCAAACCCCAGCAGCCUAUCACCGAGCCUGCUGGUCUGGAGCAGCCUGCCCCUGAGCCCAAGCACACUGCCAGGGCUCCAGCAAGAGGUGACACUGAGGACAGGAGGGGCCCAGCUCAGAAGCCAGGCCCCGACCCGGCCUCCGCCCCAGGCCGAGGAAGCCACGGGCCUCCCGUGCGCAGAGCCUCCGAGGCGCGAAUGAGCUCCGCCACCCGGGACUCCGAGAGCUGGGACCACGGCCAUGGUGGGGGCGCAGGAGACGCCAGCCGGAGCCCAGCAGGUUUGAGACGCACCAACUCAGUGCAGGCCUCCCGCCCCAGCCCGGCCUCCGGGCCCAGCCCAGCCCCUCCCCAGCCAGGGCCACCAGGGCCAGCAGGGGGCGGCAGAGCAGUUCCUGGCCCUGCAGGACGCUUUGCAGACCAGAGAGCAGAGGUGGCUACAGGUGACCCUGGAUACCCGGGGGCCACUGCCUCACCCCGGGAGGAGAGGACAGCAGGGGCCAGGGAAGAGCGAGCGGCCCCACCGCCAGGACCCUAUUCCCAAGCAUCUGCCGCCCCCCCGCCGGCCACCUCCAGCCGCCAACCACCCGCGGAGGAGGAGGAGGACGAGGCCAACAGCUACGAUUCCGACGAAGCAACCACACUGGGGGCCCUGGAAUUCAGCCUUCUCUACGACCAGGACAACAGCUCCCUGCAGUGCACCAUCAUCAAGGCCAAGGGACUGAAGCCCAUGGACUCCAAUGGCCUGGCCGAUCCCUACGUGAAGCUGCACCUCCUGCCGGGAGCCAGCAAGUCCAACAAGCUCCGGACGAAGACUCUGCGGAACACCCGGAACCCCAUCUGGAACGAGACCCUCGUGUACCACGGCAUCACAGAUGAGGACAUGCAGAGGAAGACCCUCAGGAUCUCUGUCUGUGACGAGGACAAAUUUGGCCAUAACGAGUUCAUCGGUGAAACGAGAUUCUCGCUCAAGAAACUGAAACCGAACCAGAGGAAGAACUUCAACAUCUGUCUGGAGCGGGUGAUCCCGAUGAAGCGCGCAGGGACCACCGGCUCGGCCCGCGGCAUGGCGCUGUACGAGGAGGAGCAGGUGGAGCGCAUUGGCGACGUGGAGGAGCGCGGCAAGAUCCUGGUGUCCCUGAUGUACAGCACGCAGCAAGGAGGACUCAUCGUGGGCAUCGUCCGCUGCGUGCACCUGGCCGCCAUGGACGCCAACGGCUACUCAGACCCCUUCGUCAAGCUCUGGCUGAAACCGGACAUGGGCAAGAAGGCCAAACACAAGACUCAAAUUAAGAAGAAAACCUUGAACCCUGAGUUUAAUGAGGAGUUUUUCUACGACAUCAAACACAGCGACCUGGCGAAGAAGUCACUGGACAUCUCCGUCUGGGACUACGACAUCGGCAAAGCCAACGAUUACAUCGGAGGCUGCCAGCUGGGCAUCUCAGCCAAAGGAGAGCGCUUGAAACACUGGUACGAGUGUCUGAAAAACAAGGACAAGAAGAUCGAGCGCUGGCACCAGCUACAGAAUGAGAACCACGUGUCGAGCGAUUAGGACGAGCCCUAGUUCCCGCCUCCAUGUGCUCAGCCGCCCCGGCCGCCCACUGCUCCCUGGUCUGCCCUGUGCCCGCCUCCCCGCCCCGGCUGCCCUCCCCAGCCCGCCUUGGGCCCCCACCGUGGGCACCGCUGCCAAAGACCUGCUCCUCCGCCUCCCUCCUCCAGCUCCUGAUGCAGCCCUGCCCUGGUCCCGUGGGGACC